GCCACCCUUUGAGGAGGUACGGCGCGGCUCCCAUCUGCAAGUACCUGACAAAGAACGAAGACGGUGUGUCACUGGCUGAUAUGGCAUUGGUGCAUCAGGAUAAGGUCUUCGUGGAUGCAUGGUACUAUCUAAAGGAUUCCGUUUUGGAGGGAGUCGUCCCUCUGAACUCCGCCUACGGGAUGCCGGUGUUCGAUUACAUAGGCACAGAUCCACGGUUCAACAAGGCGUUCAACGCUGGCAUGAGGGGCCUCUUCUGCGUCAUCGUCAACAAUCUGCUCCGCGUCUACGGUGGUUUCGAUGAUGUGGAGAUACUCGUAGAUGUCGGUGGCAACGACGGUGCCAUCCUCCAGAUGAUUACCUCCAGGCACACACACAUCAAGGGCAUCAACUACGACCUGCCCCAUGUCAUCUCCGGUACCAAGCCCCUGCCAGGUCUCCACUUUCAACCUGCCUGUAAAGAAAAAGAAGAAUUAUUAUUGUAUCGUUAUAUAUUUGGGCUUACGUUGAUGGCAUGCCAUGGUUUCUUUGCAGGUGUUAAACACGUCCACGGAAACAUGUUCAAAACUGUUCCAAGCGGAGACGCGGUGUUCUUGAAGUGGAUUCUUCAUGACUGGAGCGACGAACACUGUAUGAAAAUAUUGAAAAACUGUUGGAAAGCGUUGCCACAACAUGGAAAGAUAAUUGUGGUAGAACAUGUGCUUCCAGCAGUCCCAGAGCCGACUGCAAAUGCUCAAGCUGUCUUUCAAUUGGAUCUUGCCAUGAUGGUUUACUGCGUUGGUGGGAAAGAGAGGACUGAGAAGGAGUUCAAGGCCUUGGCAACGGAAGCCGGGUUCCC